AUGUCUAUCAGCUUGCUACUGUUCUGCAUUUCCAUGGUAGACUUGUUCGGAGUCUUUAGCUUCUUCCUCAGCCCAGUGGCCUGCAUCCUCACCGAAAUUUUCCACAGCGUCUCGCUCCCCGUGUGGAAACAUACAUAUAAGAAGAGACGCAAUCAACCCAAGACCACGUCCAUCUAUAGCAUCGCCAGCAUCGUCCUCACUGGCCUCCUCGCCUUCUUCUGGUUGGUGACCGCAAUUUUGUAUGCGGCCAUCAGUGGGUCAGUCGCCGCAACCUAUGGAGUAAGCCUAGCCUUACCAGGAGUGGAAACAGCCUUCGCGUGGAUUGGUAUGGCUGUUCUGUGGGCAGAGUUUGGAGUCCAGAUUCAUUUCCGCAAGAAAACUCUCAAGCAGUUCAAACAAGGCCAGCCUGGUAGCCAUAAUCAGCAACAGCAGCCCAAAUUAGAAGUGGCUUAUCCUCCAGCGGCUUAUUAUCCACAAGGUCCUGGCCCUUGGAACCAACCGUAUCAACCAUACCAACCAUAUCAACUGGGGCCUCAACAGAUGGGAUAUCCGCAAUAUCCUGGCUUCAAUCAACAAGGCAACCAAUCGCCUCCUCCACUGGUCAAUCAACAGGGGCAAGGACCGAACGGAGGAGCCCUAGCGGUCACUAGCUUUGUAGAGAAGAGCAAUGCAUGA